AUGGAAUAUCUAGGAUUUCCUUCGCCGUCGGCACAAGGACUCAAGACGACAAGCAUAGUCUGUGGCCUAACAGGGGACAUGGACCCAUACCUUCUGCAAAGAUAUAAUGUUGGCCCUGAUGAUAACUUCGUCUUCAAACGACUAGCAGUUCGUUCAGUGAGGCAGAAUAUCCAUCCAGUUCAACUUCUACACAAUCAUUCUCUUCGCAAACAGCUAGAGAAGCUUGUGAGUCCUGAUGUGGGUGUCAAGUUGAUCUCUUUAUUCUUUCGAUUCGUGUACCCUCAUUUUCCAAUCCUUUCUCCAGCGCAAUCAGCAGAGCCCGAGCGAUCGAAUCCUUCUAAUCUUGCCGUAAUAUAUCUAGUUACACUACCAUUUGUCGGCUUUGACGACUAUCUCUCCGUUCAGAUAGCAUACGAUCUUCCCGAUGCAGAAGAACUAUGGAAUCUUUCGUUGAAUGUGUUGCAUCAGGAGCUGCAUGAGCUAGACUUGUCUGUACUACAAACGUUGGUCCUGCUGCUAAUUUCGCCUCCACAUAAGCCGCUCAUGCCAGAUUAUGCGACAAAGUGGUCGCUUGUUGGCACAACGGUGACCGUUGCACAGACACUGGGCUUGCACUUCAACUCCACUUUUUGGAGUAUACCAAAUGCCGAGAUAGAGCUGAGGAAGCGGUUGUGGUGGACCGUCAAGAUGAUUGUCUGGCAUGCUGCUGUCUUGGGCCGGAGCUGCCUCAUACAUGAUGACGAUUGGCUCGUUCUGCCACCAUCUCUAGACGGUUUUUCAGAAGAAGAAAGAACAACGCUAUUUCCUGCGCAAUUCAUUCAUAUCGCUGCUGCCGACAGCCAGUCUGCGUCGCAAGACGAAGAAAUCAGUCUAUCAGAUGCAUUGUUUCUCGGAGGCCAUUUUGUUAAAGUACUUCUCUUUCGAGCUAUACUGAGGCCCUUCAAUGCUUUGAGAUACAGAACAGUGCCCACUAGUUCUACUGAUGAGCAUAGGGAGCUUGAAGCGUGCCGACUGGCACGAGCAGGAGCAAAAGGUUGCAUCGCUAGCUUUGUGGCAUUCACGUCCAAUCUAAAGAGCAGCUGGAUUUACGGAUUUUGGCCUUUCUGGUGCACGCUGGGCUGGUCGACAUUGUGCAAUCUCGCACUUUUGCUUCACGCGACAGCAGAUAGCCCCGAAGAAGCGCAAGAAUGCAGGACCCUUCUCGACCAGGCCCGGAUAGCUGUCCGAUUACAAUCAAAAUCACUAGAUAUUCUAAGAUUCUCGUUAUUGCGCAUCCAUUCAAUCUUUUGGAAAGGUCUAGACAGCGUUUUCAUAAGAAACGGAAUCGUAGGAAACAUGAGUUUUGGAUAG